CCACCCCUCCCACUGCCACCCCUCCUAAGCUUAUAUCACAACACUAUUGGGGCCUGCAUAACUAGAGUUGCCAGGUAUCUGAUGUUUCCCGGAGACUGGAUUUUUGGGGUCCUUUGUGCCUAUCUAGAACGUGCCCUUGAUCUCUGGUAACGCUGCCUCUUGCUUGCCUGCACGGAGGACCAACAGGAGUGCCUACGUCUGUGGAGAAGCUAGCUUAUUGAGUACAAAGUUUGGUAUUUUUGUCUUUAUACUGGAAGACGUCUGGUGCGGCAGGGGGGAGACGCUUGUAGAAGAAAGCUAUUAGCGGGACGGGAGGACGUAUCUAACUAUUUGGGCAAAAAGAGAGAGAGAGAAAAUAAACACACCAACAAGAGACUAUUCGCUUUAGCUGCCAAAAAAAAAAGAAAAAAGCGCGCACGUAUGUUGCGUCAUGUUGCGUCCACUUCACAGAGGGGCGGGCCUGGGCUGACGAACUAAAAGGUUGCCUUCAGUGGGCCUGAUUACACAAGGAUUUGAAAUGUCUCUCAAAAAAGUUAUCAUAACUAGAACUGAUUGUAUAGAGAAUCUACUCUCUGAAAAAAAUUAUCAAGAUAUUAGAAGUCAUCUUCUGUAUCUUGAAACUGUUGAUAUGACUGUAGACUGUCUUCAGGAGACUGAUGUUGCCAAAGCUGUGUUCAGAAUCCUCAAGAAUUGCCCCUCUAUGGUGAUGAAAAAUAAGGCAAAGUAUUUACUGUCAAAGUGGAAAGCACUUUGUAAGAAUAAUUAUAAUCAAUCAAUAGAGGUUAAGCCAGUAAUAUCUGAUAAUGCAAAAGAGGAUUCUGAUGACCUUCAGGUCAUACUAGAAGAUGCAAACUCUUCUGAAAAACAGAAUCAGGAUGAAAUAUUAGGCCCUCACAGUUCCAAGAAUUGCCUGCUACCAGAAAACCAUCCAAAAGAUACUGAAAGUAACAUGCAAAAAGAUAAUGCAGUUCAACUGGCACUUCAAAAGCCUUCAAGUUCAGCUGUGAGAUGCAAAUGUACAGAGCUCCUCUGUGAAGCUUUGAUUGAUUCCUCAACAAGUAAUGAAGAAAGUGAAAAGCACUACAAGAUUGGUGAAGAAAUUGAACAACAUAUUUUUGCGCUUUAUGCUAAAAAUGAUAGAAAAUACAAAAAUUGCAUCCGAAGCAAAGUUUCUAACUUGAAGAAUCCAAAAAAUACUCAGCUAAGACAUAACCUGUUUGUAGGAGCUCUGAGUCCUAAGACAUUUGCAGAAAUGUCUGCAAUGGAAAUGGCACAUGAUGAACUAAAGCAGCUCAGAGCUUCAUAUACAGAAUCGUCUGUUUUGGAGCAUCAGCUCCCCCAGAGUGUCAAUGGUACACAUACAAACAAAAUAAAAUGUAGAUGUUGUGAAAAAUUUAAUUGCACUGUUACUGCAAUUGCCAGGGGAGCUCUUUUCCUUCCUGGUUGGGUGCGAAAUACAAAUCCAGAUGAACAAAUGAUGACUUACAUAAUUUGUAAUGAAUGUGGAGAGCAGUGGUACCACAGCAGAUGGAUUUGUUUGUGAUUCUGCAUUCUUUCAUGAAUAUGUCAGAGGACAUAAAAAUAAAAUAUGAAAUUACCAAAGUACAAAUAUCUGAAUAUAGAAAAACUGUAAGUGCUUUCAUGUUUGGUAAUGCAAUAAAAAUAUGAA